GUGCAGAGGCAAGUCACGAGACCUUCAACACCGGUCCGCGAGAACCAAAAAACCCAACAAUGAGCCGGUUAACGGCGGGAAAUAGAGUAUCAAUAGCCAUGAGCGAAGCGCUUUCCAUCCUCAACGAAGACGAUCUUGUCGACGUGGUCUCCGCGUCCGAUGACAGCACCAAGAAAACCCAGUUCACAAUCGGGGACCUUGCCAAGGAAUUCAGCUGCACUUUGCGGACCUUGAGGUUCUAUGAAGACAAGGGCCUAUUGAACCCGAAACGUGACGGCAUGAACCGGAUCUACAACAGAAGGGACCGAGCGCGGCUGAAACUUGUCCUGAUGGGCAAACGAGUCGGGUUCUCUCUGACGGAAAUCCGCGACAUGCUCGACCUUUAUGACCUGCGGGAUGGCCAGGUAACCCAACUGCGUGUCGCCCUGUCCAAGUUCAAUGAGCAGAUUGCGGUUCUGGAAGACCAGCGAAAAGACAUCGAACAGGCAAUCGAGGAAUUGUCGCGCACCGUGGAAAUUGUCUCAGGAAUGCUGAAGCACAAGGAAGCAGAAGAAGCCUGA